AGCGGCGCCCGAUGAACAUUUACCACGAAGAUGCAAACCCCCAGGGAAUCUACAUAAGCUAUGCACAACGGUUUCUACAAGUGGGUAAACUAAUCAAUGCAUCAUUCCCAGUUCCAUAUCUCCCAUUGAUUAAUGAUGAAGAAAGUGGUGCUUUAAAAGGACUGUUGAAAUGGGUGCUCACAACUGAAAGAGAAAUAUUCACAGCUUCACAUAAUCCAGAAGAAUACAAAAAGUUGGUUGAAAUGACGAUGGCCGGUGCGGAGCAAGUCAGAGAUGAGAUGAAGGCCACUGGGAUGGGAUAUGGAAUUGUUAGGCCGGGAGAUCCGAGCUACUGGUUGGGCCAACUAUUAUCCCAUCUUAUGAAAUUAUCCAGACACAGUGCUGACGUGGCAUUCGCCGACAAGAUUCUCUACGUGACAUGCGGAAUGAUGAAUCUUCCCGGACCUCUCUACGUACCGCGCGCAGUCAUAGAUCAGUCUCCACGUGGCAAAACGGCUGAAAUGCGGGAGUACACGUGCUUCCAACUGCUCCGACGAAUAUUUCCGUGUCCUUGGGCCGAUGGGAGACUUUAUAUCACUGCAGAACUAAUUCUAUUCGGGAAUAAUCUCGAACAGGCAAUUUGGCUUAGUGCCAGGAACACGCAGGAGUACUUGGAUUGUUUAGACAACACAAAAACUCAUAUUCAAGGGAUUUUGAGAGCCGAAAAUGAUGAAUUGACGGGGAGAAUGCCAGAAUUUCCAAUCACCGAACCAUUUUUGAUGCAUACCAGCGAUCAUGGGGAACCCCAGGAAGAAUUCGCCUGAAAAUCGAUAAUUUUAGCAUUUUUUCCACAACUAGUCCGAAUCUCUGUGUUAUUUCUUGCUUUUCUUGUCAAAAAUCCCGAAAUUCCAUUGAAAAUCAUCAUUUUUCCUUCAUUUUUCAAAUUUCGCGGUAAUUUCAUGUCUGCGUCUCUUCUCUCUCGCACGUAGCGAUGGAGCGCACUUGCAUUUUUGGAUUUUUAUCGAAUAUUUUUCCGAUGAUUUUUAAUGAUUUUCGCUGGUUUUUUAUAGUUUUUAAUGUGAAAUUUUGAAUAAAAUGUGAUUUUUAUCGUUAAAU